CACCUAAUACUGGUAUGCACCCUACUGCACAUUUUGGCCACCAGACGUCUCUCCUCCCGAGAUAAAUACUUUAGUCAGCACUAUUCUGUACCACACACACUUCAUUCGAAGGAAGGUUUGGAAGAAACGUGUAUCCUACAAGCGCUACGGUUUCCAGAGGGAAUGGCAAUGAGGAGGUGGGCAGCAGCUGCCUUGGCAGUGCUGGGUCUUGCUAUGUGUUGGCCCUGCUCUACUGGGGACACUGGUCCAGAGUGCACUCGUGUCAACGGGGAGACUGGUAAAAGUGCCAGUGAGUUUCUGUCCACUAUCGACACCCAGAUGGCAGAACAGACCCAGCGGCAGCACCUGGAAGCUCUCUUCGACAGGUACGGGGAGAAUGGCACCAUUUCGCUGGCAGGCCUGAAGCGGCUGCUGGAAAACGUGGGACUCGACCGAAUACGAAAGGUCAUGGUGCAACACCAUGAGCGACCCGAGGACGACGGAGCGGAGGGGCAUCGGCAUGGACACCACAACCACCACCGUAACCACCAACACGAGGACGAGCACAAUGGCACACACCGUCAAAAGCACUCCCACCGCCCCCCCAUUGAGCCCAAAAAGGUUCCCGAGACCCCCAAGGUGCCCAAAGUAGAUGACCCUGUCCUGGGGAAGAAAGUGGAGAAUUCGGAUGCCCACCAUAACCUCUAUGUGAAGAAAACCACCGCGGCGCAGGAGAUUAGCACCACCACUGAGGCAGUGCGCAGUCGGCGGGAAGCCCCCACUGCUAGUCUGACCACUGUCAUACUGGUCAGCAACUCUCUGGGGGCUGAGAACCAAACGCAGCCACCCAUGGUCAGGCCGGAGGGCUCGGAUAACCAGCACUUAUACGACCAUGACCACGAUAAUGACCAUAAUGAUCACAACCAUGAUCAUGAACACAGUCAUGAUGACCACAGCCAUGGUCAGGACAGCCUCCACAACCAGAGCCAAGAUCACAUACAGGAGAAAGCAGAGUGUUUGAAUGCCUCCAGUAUCCUGUCGUCCCACGGGAUGGCCGAAGGGGCCCUGUCUCUCAGUGACUUCGGCUACCUGUGCCCUGCCCUUCUCAACCAGAUCGAUGCCAAGUCCUGCAUACUGCACGGCAACCAACCACCCCAGCAUGUCAACAAAGUUCACAAGCAUAAUGAUCCCCAUCACCAUGGUCAUCACAACCAUGAUCACACUCACGAGGACCAUCAAGUGAAUGAAAACAAGAAAGUAGGCUCAAUUCAAGCGGCGUGGGCCGGCGGCUUUGUCUCCAUUACCAUCAUCAGCCUGCUGUCCUUGGCUGGCGUGGUGCUCAUCCCGCUGAUGAACCGCGUCUUCUUCAAGUUCCUGCUCAGCUUCCUGGUGGCGCUGGCUGUGGGCACGCUGAGCGGAGACGCCUUCCUGCACCUCAUACCUCACUCUCAGGGGGGCCACCACCACUACCAGCACUCUGUGAACAGGACAUCAGGGCACGGUCUCCACGGGGAGGAGGAAGAGGACCAUAACCUGGACGGGGUGUGGAAGGGGUUGACUGCCCUGGGCGGAGUCUACUUCAUGUUCCUCAUCGAGCACUUCCUCACACUGGGCAAAAUGUACAAGGACAAACAGAAGGUGAAGAAAUAUGACCAGAACGAUGACAAGGUGGAUCCUGAGAAACUACCGGGACUGGAGGAGAACGACCUAAAGCCAAUUGAAGAUGUGAAUAUUAACGGAGGUGGCAACUUCGGCGACCACCACAGCGAUGGACUCCACCGGGGCAGCGAGGAGGAGGAGGUAAUGCUGGCGCCCGCCACCUCACCCGAGGGCUACGCCUCCGUGUCGGGCUCGGCGGCUGCUGCCACCUACACAGCAGGGGACUGUGAGAACAAGUGCCACUCCCACUUCCACGACACGGUGGGCGAGGCAGACAACCUGCACCACCACCACCACGAAUACCAUCACAUCCUGCACCACCACCACUCUCAGAACCACCAUCCACACAGCCACUCGCAUUCGUAUUCGGAACAACACUUCCAGCAGGCUGGUGUGGCCACGCUGGCCUGGAUGGUUAUCAUGGGCGACGGGCUGCACAACUUCAGUGACGGCCUGGCCAUCGGGGCGGCGUUCACGGAAGGGCUGUCCAGUGGCCUCAGUACGUCGGUGGCCGUGUUCUGCCAUGAACUGCCUCACGAGCUGGGUGACUUCGCUGUGCUGUUGAAGGCUGGCAUGACAGUGCGACAGGCCAUUCUCUACAACAUGCUGUCUGCCAUGAUGGCGUACCUGGGCAUGAUCACGGGCAUCCUCAUUGGGCACUACGCUGACAACAUCUGCAUGUGGAUCUUCGCCCUCACCGCCGGGCUCUUCAUGUAUGUUGCCCUGGUGGACAUGGUCCCGGAGAUGCUCCACAACGAUGCUGGGGACCACGGCUUCAGCCACUGCGGCUUCUUCCUGCUCCAGAACGCAGGCAUCCUGUUGGGCUUCUGCAUCAUGCUGCUCAUCGCAAUCUUUGAACAUAAAAUCCAGCUGGAAAUAGACCUCUAAACUGAUGGAUCUCAAACCUGGUCUCCAAGGACCCCUGUGUUUGCAGGUUUGAUUCCAAACCGAACCUGGUACUGGGAGAAGGAAUAGAUGAAUUGAACAUGGUUAGUUGAUUAGAACAGAAUGUAGCCUUAAGUUUGAUUGUAAGCCCACAUGCACAGGCAUCCUUGGAACACCAGCAGUGUUGAGAAACACUCCUCAAACUGACAGGACCAAGCGCCGUGUGUCUCACCUGCCAAGUGGCCACAUCACGAGUCAGCCAUUACGGUGUUUUUCCCCUCUCAUCUCCUCUCCUCCAAGAAGUGAAAAAGAAAUGAUUAGUGUGAACAUUUUAUUUUUGGUCAAGGUUCAACUGUUGCAAAAAUGUCAAUUGGCAUGUGUUCUGUAUGUGUUUUUUUAUGUCUGUCGAACCUUUUGGUGUCGCGUAGCUGUCUGUCUUCCCUCAGUGUGCUUCAUGUUUUAUUUCUGGUCAAGAUUUACAGCAAAAAAAAACAAAA